GUGCUCACAUCUGAAAUGGACAAAGUUCCCACUGACUUUGGUAAUAUUUAACAGGACAGUUUUGGGUGACAUGACUGAGCCCCAGGCACAAGGACUAAGCAGCAUUGUUGACAAACUUCCACAGUUAUGUGACACCGAUCCACAUUGAUACCACACUGAGGUCCAUUCAGUGUUGAACAAUGGUGGUUCAUCUGUUGGUGCUCCUACUUUCACUCAGGAUUCAGGCAUUAGGAGCUCAGUUGAAGCUGUCACCUGACACACUAACUGUCCUGCGAGGGGGGGAGGCCCAGUUUACCUGUAGCACCUCACACACCCAGUGGGCCGUGAUGGUGUGGCUGCUGAAUGGCACAGUGGCACUCACCAUCUCUAAGGUGCACGGAGUCCUGCGGUCCACCAACGGUAAUGUGACAGCCAAGCCCGGCUCCGACUCAAAGGGUGACAGCUGGGUGUUUGUCCUGAAGAACACGGAGAGGACCGACGAGGGACCAGUGACCUGUGAUCUUCAGGGAAUUGAAAGGACAUCAGCCAAUCUAGUUGUACAAGAAAAAGGCACCGUCAAAGUCUCCGGGGACAACAAGUUGGCUUUCAAGGGGCAGUCAGUGCUAUUUGAAUGCCAAGCAGAAGGAUGGCACCCUGAACCCCGUCUGCAGUGGCAGGUGAAUAACAAAACGGUGAGCCAGCGUGAAUACAACAUCAGCAGUGAAGAGUCGGGGAAGAGCCUCUUCACUGUGAGCAGCAACCUCAGUGUGAUGGCAGCAAAGAGCUCUCAUGUGGACUGUCUGGCCUCUGUGUCUGCUCUCCCCAAACCACUGCAGAGCGGCGUCCGUCUGACAGUGGUUGCAGAGGUGGUACAGGAGGAACACGACUGCACAGUCCCGCUGGCGGUAACAGGCGCCGUCUCUGCUGUGCUGCUCCUCCUGCUCUGCAUCUCCAUUAUCCUGUGCUACAGACAAAAGAGACGAGCAAAUCCAAGCCCACAGGGGACCACGUGGCUCGACCAAUCAGUGUUUGGGAGAGACUUGGUUGCUGAGGCGACGAGGGGGAAGGUCAACCUGGGAUAUUCUAGUGAUGGCCCCACAGACGCAGAUUACAACGAUCUUAUCAUGGAAAUUCGUAGAAAGAUGGACUUUGCCAGCUUUCGUAGGCAGGCCCCUGAUGUUGUGCACUCCAGCAGCCAGUCUCUGCACACUGAGGGCCAGGUCCAGGUGUGUGUGUCAGAGGAAAACACAGAGGAAAACGCCAAGAACGUCAGGAGAAUUACUACAGUUUGAAUUAUGUUUAUUUUGAUGCAGUAAAUGCAGUGUUAAUAAAAACAGUAUAUCAUUUAGAUGUAUGAUAUUCCCAAAUGAAAAUGUGUAUAGUAUAACUGGAUUGUUUUGUAAAGCUAGAGAGUAAUGUAAUGUGGUUGAACUGCAUGACUGGCUUUUUUUUUAAAAACUAUGUAACUAUGGUUUUGUUUUUAUAUGUAUGCUGAGAAUAUAUAUAACAGAGUUUUGAGCAAAACCUUUGGGAUUUUUUUUGUCUUGUUGGCUUUCGAUUAUUUUAUAAAUGAUACCAAUUACAGCACAUGGAUACUUGAAAAUUCCUCGUUCAAAAUAAAAGUUGAUCGCAGAGGA